AUGUUUCUCGAAGCAGAGACCGGUUUCGGUCUCGAUUUUCUCCGUAAUGUUCCUUUAAAUGAAUCUACCGUAUUCUCGCCACUCUCAAUUGCUUUGGCUCUUUCUUUGGUGCAUGCUGGAGCAAAAGGUGAAUCGAAAAGUGAAAUUGGAAAAGUUUUGUUGAGUGGAGCAAGUGAUGAGCAAUUUCAAAAUCAUUUCAAUUUUAUUUCUGAAGCUUUGAGGAAAGUUCAAAAUGGAGUUGAGGCAAAAUUAGCGAAUCGAGUUUAUUUGAAAGAUGGAUUGAAAGUUGAGAAAUCAUAUUUGGACAAUGUUCAAAAGUUGUACGCGGCAUCAGCUGAAAAUCUAGAUUUCAAAAAACCCGACUCAGCCCAGGUAUUUCAUGCUAAAAUUCUUGUUACUCAAAAUUUCUUUUUUUUUCAGAAAAUCAAUAAAUUCAUAUCUGACUCUACCAAUGGAAAAAUUCAAAAUAUGGUCAACUCAAACUCGAUUAAAGAUGCAGUUACACUUUUGGUGAAUGCUUUAUAUUUCAAAGGAGAUUGGUUGGAUGAUUUUGAAAGACAUGCAACCAGCAAACGAGAUUUCGAAACAACAAAAAUAAAUAAGAAGAAAAUCGAAUUUAUGACUGAAUAUUUCAAAGAUCGAGAUUUUGCAGAAGAUGAUAAAUUUCAAGUUCUAUCUUUGCCAUACAAGGAUAAAUCCUAUAGAUUUGUCAUUUUCUUGCCAAAAGUUAGACAUUCUCUUCUCCAAACUCUUCGCAAUUUCAAUCCAAAACAAUUCCAAGCAUUGAUAAAAGCGACCAAAAGCACAUUGUUGAAUGUAAGACACUUUCACAUUUUCUAAAUUACUUUAAAACUUUUCUUUUUUUUUCAGACUGUCAUUCCAAAAUUCAAAAUUGAAAAAGAAUAUUCAUUGAAAACAAUUUUGCAAUCUUUGGGAAUCACAAAAAUCUUCACUGAUUCUGCUGGUUUAUCUGGAAUCACUCCAAACAUCAAAAUCUCCGAUGGAAAUCAUAAAACAAUUAUUGAAGUUAAUGAAGAAGGAACUGUAGCUGCUGCGGCUACAGUAAUCAAAGGAGUUCCAAUGUCUGGAAGAAUGGAAACACCUGUUGAUUUCACUGCAGAUCAUCCUUUCAUUUUCGCAUUGGUCAAAGAUAAUCAUCCACUUUUCCUUGGAGUUUAUCAAGGAUAA